AUGACCAGUACAAUGGUGGAAUCCUCAACUAUCCUAGUAAAUUCAUGGAUUCAUAGGAUUCAAAGUGAGGGUGGAGUUGCAGACAUAGAAAUUUAUGAGGAUAUAAGAAGACUUUCAGGGGAAAUUAUUUCAAGGGCUUGUUUUGGCAGCAAUUAUUCCAAAGGGGAAGAGAUAUUCUCAAAACUUAGAGCUCUUCAAGCACUCGUGUCUGACAAAAGCUUGCUCUCUGCCAUCCCCGUAAUGAGAUGUCUUCCAACUAAGCGUAAUCGAAAAAUACAGAGUUUGGGAAAAGAGAUUCGAGAAAUGCUUCUCAAGAUAGUAAAUGAUAGAUUAACAGAUCAUACCGCAGAGGCAGACUUGUUACAAAUGAUACUUGAAGGAGCAAAAAAUGGUGACCUUGAUAACAAUGAAAUUGACAAUUUCAUUGUUGACAACUGCAAGAACAUAUACUUGGCUGGGUAUGAGACUUCUUCUACCUCUGCAGUGUGGACCCUGAUGUUGUUGGCUUUGAAUCCAGAAUGGCAGACUCGUGUCCGUGCUGAAAUAUCUGAAGUUUGUGGCAAGCAAUUGCCCAAUGCUGCUAUUCUUCCAAAGAUGAAAACGCUGACAAUGGUGAUUAAUGAGUCGAUGAGACUAUACCCUACCGCGCCAAUUAUCACAAGGGAGGCAUUGCAAGAAAUGAAAUUUGGUGGCCUAACUAUUCCAAAAGGAGUUACCAUUUGGACUUUUUUGCCAAUGUUGCAUCAAGACCCUGAAAUAUGGGGACCUGAUGCUAACAAGUUCAACCCUGAGAGGUUUGCCAAUGGAGUCACUGCAGCAUGCAAGCUUCCACAGGUGUUCAUGCCGUUUGGUUUUGGUCCUCGCUUGUGUUUGGGGAUGCCAUUUGCAUUAGCAGAACUCAAAAUUCUGCUAACUCUUCUUAUAUCCAACUUCUCGUUCUCUAUCUCACCCACAUACCAACACUCCCCGGUGUUCACGCUAGUGUUAGAGCCUGAACAAGGAAUGAAUCUCCUCGUAAAGAGAGUAUGAUGAGCUAUGGCUUAGUUGG